AUGGACCCUGCACAGCCGUCUGCUCCUCUGUACGACGGCGCAUUCCCGGGCGCUUUCUACGCGAUGCCCGUGCACCUCAACGGAGAACAAGGUCAGGCACAAGAUCGGGCAUGGAACGAACAAGGUCCGUCGGGACGUAGCAGUGCGUCCUUCUCUUUCUGGAGCCCCCACUCUACACCGGACGACGAGAACAGCUCGGUGAAUUCAGCGAGCACCCUCGGGACGACGGCCACGUUGAACACGGCCAGCGAUGGGCAGCAGAUGACCGCGCCCCAGAAGCGACACCGCCGUUCCAAGUACGCUGCCAGCGCGGCAGCGGGCACUCCGUUUGCCUGGACGACCUGCGUGCCCAUGGCGGGAAUGACGGCGAUCGCCGCACUGCUCUUGCUGUUCGUCAUCGCCAUCGUGGUGCGCUGGCACCGGGUCUUGCUGCAGCUCCCGGUCACGCAGUACGUCGACGAAGGCGCCCUGGACAAGUCGUGGCGCGGCGCACUCACCGCGAACGACAGCAACGGACUGGUAUACACUCAAGGAGGACUUCUCGAAGGGCCAACGACCCGAGUGUCCGGCGUCACCGUUCCCGACUCCGUGACAAGGAGUGUCCGGAAGAAAGUCACGACCUCCGUAAUAACGACGGCCAGGGCAAAGAGCUCUGCGCGUCGCGCUCGCAAAAGGCCCUUGACAGGACACCGGACGAAGGAAAGCUCGCGGAAGAAGCUCACCGGUAGUGAGUACGGUGCUCAGGAUGACGAGAAGGACGCGCUGGUCUUUCCGUUUCGACGACCAACCCGUCCAGCGUGUGGCUCUGUGUUCUACACGUUCUGCGGGCAUCCACCGCUCGAGUUCCACUACCAUCGUGCGGCGAACGCUUGCGUCCAGACGAACGCGUUGGAAGCGGUGGACAUCUGCAACCGAGGUGAGAAUCGGUUCGCCUCCCUCGACAACUGUCUGGAGAGCUGCGUCUCCCCGAAGCACCCGCGCCAAGAAUGCUUCCAGAGGCCGCUCUUCACACGUUGCGCCAGGCAGGACACCCUGUCCAGUUGGUGGCACCACGAUGGCAGGAAAUGCAUGCCCUGGUCAUUCCCCUCGGGCGGUUGCCCUGGCAACGGAAGCAUGGUCUUCAGCACGGCUCAAGAAUGCCGGAAGCGGUGCGAGGGCCGGCAACACGGACCGCGGUGCCGGCGUCCCGAGGUGGUCGCAUGCGGACGCCGCCACCUCAAGUACCCCUACUUCGCCUUCCGACACCCGAACGAAGGCCGCGUGCGGUGCCUGCGAUCAUCGAUCAUCAUGCUGCGAGGCCACCGGUGCCUCGCUGGCGCCAACCGCUUCCACAGCCACGGGGCCUGCGUCUCUUCGUGUAGGGAGCGGCCUCCAUCACUCGGCUAGCUAUAGCUGGGCGCGCCUUCGCGUGAUUGCCUUCCUUCGCGAACAUUGUACCUGUUCAUGCGGGAGGGCCUUUUUCCUUAUAAAGUUUCUAG